GACAUAAACGUAAAUUUGAAGGUGAAGAAGAUGGAAAUAUUACCAUUUUUGUAGGAGAUGCACUACCUUUUAAUGUUAGUGAUUUUAGAACAUUAGUAACAGAAGGUUAUACUUUCAUUGACAAAUCUCACUUUAUUGAAGAGUUUAUUGUAAAAAGUCCAAGAUAUGUUGAUCUUUUACGACCAAGGAGAUUUGGAAAGUCAAUUAAUCUCUCAAUGUUGAAAGAAUUUUUUGAUAUUCCUAUUUACCCUGAUAAUAUAGAAUUUCGACAAGAACUAUUCAAAGGAUUAAAUAUUACAAAAAGAACUGACCUGAUGGAAAAACAUUUCUGUAAACAUCCAGUGAUUUAUUUCAGUUUUCAGGGGUUUGAUAAUUGUAAUACUCUUGAAAAUAUGAAGGAGAAGUUAUAUAGAAGUUUUGCAGAAUUAUACAAACAAUAUUUUUAUCUUUAUGAUAAACUUUAUCUUGGUAAGAAAAAAUUUACAAAGGUUGUAACAUGUGACACAUCUCUGCAAUUAUCUGAACAUCUUGUAAGUCUUUCUCGGUAUCUGGCAGAAUUUCAUAAAAGCAAGUGUGUUAUUCUGAUUGAUGAGUGUGAUCAUCCUUUUGAAAUUGCAUUCCAUGAAAAAUACUUUGAUGAUGCUAGAAAUCUGCUUAUUUCAAUUCUUUCACCCCUUCUUAAGGGUAAUGAUACCAAUCUGUAUAAGGCUUUGAUUGUAGGAGUGUCAUAUGUGGCUAAAGCAGAUUUAUUUUCUGGGUUAAACAACUUAACUGUAUGUCCCAUGUAUACUGAAUUAUAUGUGGAUAAAUUUGGAUUCACUGAAGAUGAAAUUUCUGCCAUUAUCAACCAUCAUAAUGUUUCAAAUACCUCCUUAGAGUCAUCUGAAUUAGAUAAUGUCAAGAAUUAUUAUAAUGGUUAUAUAUGUGGAAAAAAGACUAAAAUUUACAAUCCUAUGUCUAUAAUAUCUUAUAUGUUCAACAAAGAACUAAAAUCAUACUGGGUUAUGACAGGGGGCUUGAGCAAAUCCAUUAAAAUGCUAAUUUUGCAUUCAAACCAAUUCAUAUCCCUUGCAAGUGAAUUUAUGUCUGAUGAAAAAAUUAAUGCUCCUUCUAUCAUAAGAUUUCAUUUAGAUUAUGAAACAUUAAGGAGUUGCAGGUCAACUGAUGAUUUACUUGUUUUGUUAUACUUUGGUGGAUAUCUCACAAUGGAUACCAUUGACAAUAAAUUAUUUGUACCAAAUAAAGAAACUCAUGAAGUGUGGAAAUCCUGGUUGAACAUAGCUCCAAAUGAGAGGUACAAUCCAAUAUUUGAACCAUUGUCAGAGUACAAUUUUGAGAAAUUUGUGUUUGAUCUUAAGAAGAUGUUUGAUUCAGCUUCUGUUUCGUAUAUGGAUAUUACAGCAGAAAAAUGGUAUCAUUGCCUUAUGAUUGGUCAACUUGAUUUAAUAAGAGCAAAAGGGUAUAAACUAGAAUCAAACUUGGAAGCAGGUCUUGGGCGUCCUGAUAUUGUUAUACAGCCAACAUUAAAAAAUAAUACAAGAGCAUUUAUCUUUGAAUUUAAGUCAAUAAAAUUAAAUGAUAGAAGAAUAAAAAAGAACAAAAAAAAUGCUCUAGAAAAUGAGGCUAAGGAAGGAAUUGAACAGAUAAAUAGAAAGCAAUAUGUAAAAAGUGUUAUUAGAAAUGAAUUGGUCACAGAGAUUGCCAAAUGUGCAAUCUGUUUCUGUAGCAAGGACUUUGUUCUUCUUGUUGAAAUCAUUAAAAAGAAUUCAGAGAAUGAAUGGAAACUGGGGGAAGGAUACCCCAAAUUCAUAGGAAGUCUUGAUCUUCACCCAGAAGGUGAAGAAAUGGAAGAAUAA